AUGGACGAGAUCGCCAAGGAAUACGAUGUUAUUGUGCUCGGCACUGGUUUGACCGAGUGCAUUCUCUCUGGUGUAUUGAGUGUCAAGGGAAGGAAAGUUCUUCACAUCGACCGCAACGACCACUACGGAGGCGAGGCUGCCUCUCUCAACAUCGAAGCGCUAUACAGGAAGUACGGAAACUUCCAAAAGGGCGAGGAGCCAUGGAAGAAGUAUGGCCGCGUCAAUGACUGGAACAUUGAUCUUGUGCCCAAGUUCCUCAUGUCUUCGGGAGAGCUCACCAACAUUCUCGUGUCUACCGACGUUACCCGAUACCUCGAGUUCAAGCAGGUUGCUGGAAGCUACGUUCAGCAAGGUGCCGGCGGCAAGGCUACCGUUGCCAAGGUGCCCUCCGAUGCGGGCGAGGCUCUCAAGUCUCCCUUGAUGGGCAUUUUCGAGAAGCGCCGCAUGAAGUCCUUCAUUGAGUGGGUUGGCGCGUUCGACCUCAAGGACCCCGCCACCCACAAGGGCUUUGACUUCAACAAGGUCACCAUGAAGGAGGUCUUCGACAAGUUCGGUCUCGAGGCGGGAACUCGUGACUUCAUCGGCCAUGCCAUGGCCCUUUAUCUUACCGAUGAUGAAUACAUCAACGUCACUGGCAAGGCACCCGAGGCUAUUGAGCGAAUCCGCCUCUACGAGCUUCCACAGGGCUUUGCCCGUCUCUCGGCUAUCUACGGCGGUACCUAUAUGCUCAACACCAAUGUCGACGAGCUUGUAUAUGAGGGUGAUAAGGCUGUCGGUAUCAAGGCCACGAUGUCCGGUGUGGAGGAGAUGAAGUUUGAGACUAAGGCUAAGAUGAUUCUUGGUGACCCAUCUUACUUCCCGGGCAAAGUCAAGGUCGUUGGCCACGUCCUCAGGGCUAUCUGCAUCCUGAACCACCCCCUUAGCGGCACGAACGACAGCGACUCUUGCCAGCUGAUCAUCCCCCAGCACCAGGUCGGCCGUAAGAACGACAUCUAUAUUGCUUGUGUCUCGUCUUCCCACAACGUCUGCCCCAAGGGUUACUGGAUCGCCAUCGUUUCCACAAUCGCCGAGUCUUCUGCCAACCACCACCUUGAGCUUCAGCCUGGCCUUGACAGGCUUGGAAAGAUCGAAGAGCAGUUCAUGGGCGCCCCUAUCCCCAUCUAUGAGCCUCUUGACAACGGCACCAAGGACAAUAUCUUUAUCUCCAAGAGCUACGACGCUACCAGCCACUUUGAAACCACCACGGAUGACGUCAAGGACAUCUACUCCCGUUGCGCCGGUGAGGAGCUCGUAGUCGAAGGCCUUAGGGAGGGCAUCAAUGUAGAGGAGUAG